CACACUGCCGUGUGUUUCGCCUGUGGUGAAGCGGGGAAGGAAGAUACAGUGGAGUCGGAGGAGGAGAAGUUCAGCCUGUCUCUGAUGGAGUGCACAAUCUGCAACGAGAUCAUCCACCCCAGCUGCCUGAAGAUGGGGAAGUCCGAAGGCAUCAUUAACGAUGAGAUCCCAAACUGUUGGGAAUGUCCAAAGUGCCACAAGGAAGGAAAGACCAGUAAGGAUCAAGGAGACGGUUUGGGAAAGCGACGCAUGGACAACGGGGAAGUGAGUCGCUGGAAGCUCACGGAUGAUCCUCCACCCAGUAAGAAAAAGAGCUUGUCUCUGGAAGACUCGACUCGACUCGACGGGCCGAAACGCAAGAAGGAGAAGGACGUGCCUCAGGAGGGAGGCUCCAAGAAGAAGAUCAAAGGUGCCCGUGAGAAACAUCUGAAAAAGAAAGCGAAACCCAACUCCUCUGACUCGUCUGAAGCGAACGGGCCGAACGCAUCGGUGUCAGUCGGUCACGGCUCCGGCUCAGCUCCGGCUCAGCCCUCGUCCCUGACGGCCAGCCAGGACCAGCGUUCCCAUCACCGGGAGAAACUGGAGCGCUUCAAGCGCAUGUGUCUGCUGGAGCGAGUGCGUGACUCCAGCUCCUCGUCCUCCUCCAGCUCUGAGACGGACUCUGAGUCGGACUCGGACUCUCCGUCUCCCAUCGGCGCCUCGGAACCGUCGCCUCCGGCGUACGGGAGCAUGCGUGAGCGAGAGCGGAACCGGCGCCUGGCGGAGCUGGGCUUCAGCGCGAGCGAGGACUCUGAAGGAGAGAGCGUGCCGGAGCCAGAGCCGGAGCCCGACGAGCCUCAGCCGCAGCGCCGCCGAGGAGACGCUAAUCCCAGAGCCCGUAAGCCGGUUCUGGACCCCGAAGCGGACGAGGAUGAGGACGGCUCAGCGGAUCGCGGUCACAAACCUCUGGCCCCGCCCUCUCCACUGUCUGCCACGCAGCCCGUCACACACACGCACACACAAACACCGGAUGGCCUGUCCUCCAAGCGCUCGAACGGGCAGGAGCGUAACGGGCGCUCGCGGGUCAGCAGGGAGACGCAGGAGAAGGAGAACUCAAACAGCACCGUCGCUAAUCACCGGCACGGCAAAGCUGUCCGCGGGAGCAAACUACGCGGUGGGAGCCGGCAAGUCCAGAGUAAGAGCGGCUCUAUGGCGGGUGGCUCUGCGACGGCUAACGGGAACAACACUGCAUCUAACGCUAAUGCUAGCGGCGUCUCUCUGCAGCGUUCGCAGUGCCGGCCGCUGAAGAGGAGCGCUGUGCCCGUGCCCUCGCCCAGACCUCUGCAGAUGGAGAGACACCUCGUGCGCCCGCCGCCCGCCUGCCCCGAACCACACCGGCUUCCGCUCGCCAGCGGAGACACACACACGCUAACCAGAGAUGCCUGGCUCCGCGUGUUCCAGCAGCUCAGCCAGCGCCAGCUGUGUGUGUGCAUGCGUGUGUGUCGCACCUGGAGCCGCUGGUGCUGUGAUAAGAGGCUAUGGACUCAGAUCGACCUGAGCCGGCAGCGCUCCAUCACUCCUCCGAUGUUGAGUAGUAUAAUCCGUAGACAACCUGUAUCUCUCAACCUGGGGUUCACCAACAUCUCCAAGAAGCAGCUCAUGUGGCUGAUCAACCGUCUGCAAGGUCUUCUGGAGCUGAACGUGGCCGGCUGCUCGUGGUCCUCGGUCUCGGCUCUCUGUCAGUCUGUGUGUCCUUGUCUGCGGCUCCUGGACCUCAGUCGCGUCGAGGAUCUGAAGGACUCGCACCUGAAAGAGCUGCUGGCUCCGCCCUCCAACGACACGCGCUCAGCUCACGGAGAGAACCGAGGCGGGCGCUUCCAGAACGUGACCGAGCUGCGAUUAUCUGGGCUGGAAGUGACCGACGCCAUGUCUCGUCUUUUGGUCCGGUACCUUCCCCACCUGACCAAACUGGACCUGAGCCAGUGCUGCUAUAUCACAGACCAGACCGUCCUCACGCUGACCUCAGCCAUCUCCCCGCUCCGAGAGAGCCUCACACACGUCAACCUGGCAGGCUGUGUGAAGGUGACGGAUCAGUGUUUGCCGCUGCUGCGCCGGUGUGUGUCAUUACAGACGGUGGAUCUGCGCUCUUGUGGCCUGAUGAACCCUGACCUCUGCCAAUUACACACCUUCCCCUGCGCAGACGACAGAGUGCUGAAGAACAGCUGAACACACACUCACACGCACACUCACACACACACACCUUCCCCUGCACAGACGACAGAGCACUGAAGAACAGCUGAACACAAACUCACACACUCUCAAACAUACCUUUCCCUGCGCAGAUGACAGAGCACUGAAAAACAGCUGAACACACACACACACACAUACUGACACACCUUCCCCUGCGCAGACGACAGAGCAUUGAAGAACAGCACAACACACACUCACUCACACACACACUACAGACUCAGACUCACUCGUUCGCUCUGUUUCAUUUCUGGAUCCGCCGUUUGUGAAUGGA